GCAGGUGAUGCUAUUGUACUGAACUCUUCACAUUGAUAACUUUACCCUAGAUAUAGUUUGAUAGGCUAGAUCUGAUCUCAGAGAACAUCAAAAGCUGCAAAAUGAAAAUGAUUUGUUGAAGCGCAGUAUGGGUAUGGACAGUCAGAGGUUACAACUUAUUGAGGAGAAUGUGAAGCUGAAGCAUGAGAACAGGGUUCUAAAUGUGCAGGUUGAUGCUUUAUGUGAGAAGUUAAUUACUGAAAACUCCAGGAACCAUGAGCAAGUAUAAACAGAUAUGAUUUGAGUAUAUCAAAAGAGAGUUGUAUUGCUUAAAUUGGGCACUACCAGAAUAUAUGAAUGCAUGUAUGUUAAGAAGGGGUGUUAGGGAUUGCGAAGUUGUGGGUAUUACAAGCUAGAUCAUCUUUGGAAUUACCUUUUUAUUCUCUAACCAUGUAUUUGUCAAACUUACUUGGAAGUGCUGCAGCAUUUGAGACCGGAAAGUAUUGCCAUGAAUGCGAAGACUGUUAAUUGCAUUUCUGUUGGAAUAAGAGGUGGAUCUGUUCUGUGAUUGCCUAUGCAUGUUGAAUUCACAAAUAUGAACAAGUAUUACCCCUUCUGCUUUUGGACAAAAGAUUAACAGGGUUAGUCAAUAAAGCCUAUUACUUUUCUAUAAAGCCACGUCUAUAUGCAACCAUUAUCCUCCCAAAUAGGAAAUGACGCUUCAUAUAUCAAACUUUUACUCUCUUGUACCUCUUACCGAGAUGACAAUGAGAUAAUUGGUGUGAAGAGCUUCCUGGUAAAUAAAACAUGUUGGACAUUAAUUCAUUAUUCAAAAGAAAGAAACGCACUAGCCUAAUUACUGCAAAUCAAGCUCGCAGUGCUGGAAAUUCUAUACCACAGUAGCGCUAUCAAGGUCUUUAUACAGCUAUAGUAACUAUAUCAUUUUGCAUCGCCCUACAUUUGGUGAUAACUGUUUCCCAUUUAUGCAAACCAUGUAGCUAUGAACCAAAUCCUAGAGCCUCUUCAUUAACUGAAACUAGGCUAAAAUUUAUGGGGUGUUUAGUUGCCAAGUCACUUUUUCUUUUAAACUUCUCUAAACUUUUCUCUUUAUAAGGUUAUUUACAUAUUUUCACACAUUAAUAUUACAACAAAAUAAGGGUAGAAGUGACAUUUUUAGUCUUUAUUUUCUCUAACACAAUUCUCAACAUGUAAACUUCUCUUCUUACACUUUUAAAAAAAAAAAGUUUCCCCU